UACCUGUACAGCAGCAUUCCUCUCAUUCUCCUGUGGGUAGUCAUUAUCACCAUCUAGUCCUAGACGGCUGACCUCCUCAGUGUGUGUCAUGUCUCCUUCUCACUACCAUUACCUCAUCAAUACAUUUUUACUACACAUUUAUUACAUCAUCAACAGUUAGUUGAAUUCACCCUCGCUGCUCUAACUCUAUAUAGCUGUCCUGCUGAGAUAUCAACAGAUGAAAUGUGACAUUGGACUAAAAGCUACGUGAGUUUAGUUAUUCUGUGGUUACUCAGGUAGUAUUUGAUCCGUCUCCAUGUUAGUCCCUCUCCUCUCUCUCAUGCUAUGUGUUGUUCCUGCAGGGGGACGUUUUAAGAAGGAGAUAGUGGUGGACGGACAGAGCAACCUACUGCUCAUCAGAGAUGAAGGGGGCCCCCCAGAGGCUCAGUUUUCCCUGUGGGUGGAUGCAGUGAUAUUUGUGUUCAGUCUGGAGGAUGAGAUCAGUUUCCAGACAGUCUACCAUUACUACAGCCGCAUGGCUAACUACCGAAACACUGCUGAGGUACCUCUGGUGUUGGUGGGGACGCAAGAUGCUAUCAGCUCAGCCAAUCCCCGGGUCAUCGAUGACACGCGAGCACGCAAGCUGUCCAAUGACCUGAAGCGCUGCACCUACUAUGAGACGUGUGCCACCUACGGCCUCAAUGUGGAACGGGUCUUCCAGGACGUGGCCCAGAAGAUCGUGGCGACCAGGAAGAAGCAGCAGCUGUCCAUUGGUCCGUGCAAGUCCCUCCCCAACUCCCCUAGCCACUCCUCUGUGUGUUCUGCACAGGUGGCAGCAGCAGUUCACAUCACCCAGACCAGUAAUGGCGGCAGCCUGAGUGACUACUCCUCGUCAGUCCCCUCCACCCCCAGCACCAGUCAGAAGGAGCUACGCAUCGACGUCCCCCAGACCACCAACACCCCCACGCCCGUCCGCAAGCAGUCCAAACGCCGCUCCAACCUCUUCACUUCUCGGAAGGCCAGUGAGCCAGACAGGGACAAGAAAGGACUGGAGGGCCGAGCGGACAGCAUUGGAAGCGGCCGUGCUAUUCCAAUUAAGCAGGGAAUGCUUCUGAAGAGGAGUGGCAAGACCCUAAACAAGGAGUGGAAAAAGAAGUAUGUGACGUUGUGUGACAAUGGCCUGCUCACAUAUCACCCCAGCCUGCAUGACUACAUGCAGAACGUCCAUGGGAAGGAGAUAGAUCUGUUGAGGACCACAGUGAAGGUCCCAGGGAAGAGGCCUCCCCGAGCGGUUUCUACCUGUGCCGCUGUCCCCAGCCCGAAGACAAACGGCCUGGCCAAGGACAUGAGCAGUCUGCAGCUGGGACCUGGUGGCCCUGGCUCUGUCACCAGUAGUUUGUCAGCCUCUCAGAUGGCCAGUGGGAUCAGCCUGGUGUCUUUUAACAGUCGUGGGGACGGCAUGCACCAGAGAUCCUACUCAGUCUCCUCCGCCGACCAAUGGAGCGAGGCCACCGUCAUCGCCAACUCAGGAGUCAGCACAGACACGGGUCUGGGAGAGUCUGUGUGCUCCAGCCCCUCCAUCUCCAACACCACCAGCCCUAAGAUGGACCCGCCCCCCUCGCCGCACGCCAACCGCAAGAAGCACCGCCGGAAGAAGAGCACCAGCAACUUCAAAGCCGACGGCCUCUCUGGUACUGGGGAAGAACAAGAGGAGAACUUUGAGUUGACCAUUGUAUCUUUGACGGGCCAGACGUGGCACUUUGAGGCCACCUCGUACGAGGAGAGAGACGCCUGGGUCCAGGCCAUCGAGAGCCAAAUCCUAGCCAGCCUGCAGUCCUGUGAGAGCAGCAAGGCCAAGUCACGUCUGACCAGCCAGUCUGAGGCCAUGGCCUUACAGAAUGUGAGGAGCCUAAGAGGGAACUCUCGCUGUGUGGACUGUGAGGCCCAGAACCCCGACUGGGCCAGUCUCAACCUGGGAGCGUUGAUCUGUAUCGAGUGUUCAGGGAUCCACAGGAACCUGGGGACCCACCUAUCUCGUGUUCGGUCCCUGGACCUGGAUGAGUGGCCCCUGGAGCUCCUCAAGGUCAUGACCUCUAUAGGCAACGAGCUGGCCAAUGACGUGUGGGAGGGCAAUGCACAGGGACGCCUCAAACCAGCACCCGACGCCACCAGGUAGG